ACCAACCCAUCUUUGCUACAGAUUCAAACAAUUGCGAAUAGUCGACUGCCGAACUGAGCGAACAUCGAGAGUAUUUUCGAGGUUCCCCUAGUUUUAAGGUUCGCCGACCCUCCCAAAGUCAGGUGCAGCGAGGCCAAAGCCAUCGCAAGGAGUUCUCGACCACCAACAGCAAGAUGUCGUAUUCAACGCCAGAGCCUGCAUCCAUCAUGGCCUCAGCAUUGCCCGCAGUGUCUUCAUCUGCUGCUGCUUCCGCGGGUUUGAUUCAAGAGUUCCCGCCCGCGAAGCUAUACCAGCUCCCCGAGAUACCAGUGCCGCAGUUCAUCACCCCUGCGGCCGACUACCGCGAAGGCGUCCCGAUCGUGCUCGACCUCGGCACCUCGCAGACCAGAGCCGGUUUCGCGAGCGACAUCACGCCUCGUUUCCAGUUCCCGACGCAGAUCGCGCGGUACAGGGAUCGCAAGAUCCUGCGCACGUUCACGCUCAUCGGAAGCGACGCAAACUACGAUGCCAAUACUCGACAAGCGGCAAAGUCGCCGUUCGACGGGGCGUUGGUGGCGAAUUGGGAAUAUCUGGAAACAAUCCUUGAUUACACGUUUGUGAAGAUGGGCGUUUCGAGUCAGGGUCAAGUGGAUAAUCCAGUGAUUAUGAACGAGAUACUCGCGACCCCGCUUGCCCAACACAAACACAUGCAAGAGCUCCUAUUUGAGACAUAUUCAGUUCCCUCAGCUACCCUUGGCAUCGACGCGCUCUUCUCGUACCAUUACAACAACGGCAACACUGGCCUCGUAGUCUCAGCCGGCAACGAAACCACACACAUCAUCCCCGUCGUCAACGGCCGCGGCAUCCUCAAUCAAGCAAAGAGGUUGAACUGGGGCGGCCACCAGGCUUCCUCGUUCCUUCUCAGUCUGAUGCAGCUCAAGUACCCGCACACGCCAGCAAAGAUCUCACCCUGGCAAGCCGAAAUGCUGAUGCGCGAGCACUGCUACACUGCCCCGGUAUCCUACGCUGACGAAGUCGAGCACUAUCUAGACCGUGACGAGGGAUUCGAUGAGCGCAAUCACAUCAUCCAGGCUCCGUUCACAGAGGUCAUUGCUCCAGUCAAGACCGAGGAAGAGCUUGCGAAGAUUGCAGAGCGUCGGAAGGAAUCCGGCCGCAAGCUGCAAGAGCAGGCGGCAAAAAUCAGACUCGAGAAACUGAUGCAGAAAGAGCAGGAUUUGGAGUACUACCGCUCAAUCGAGAGCAAAUCCGAUCAAGUCUCGCAGAAGGAGUUUAAGCGUCUGCUGGACGCGGAGGGAAUCCGUGACGAAAACGAGCUGUCAAAGAUGAUCAAGAAUAUGGAUAAAUCCAUCAAACGGUCCCGAAAACAGGACGUCGGCAACGGCGACGAAGAGUCAGAUACUGAAGAGAUGACGUUCCCGUUAUUGGAAAUCCCAGACGACCAGCUAGAUCCCGAUCAAAUAAAGCAGAAGCGUCACCAGCGGUUACUCAAAAGCAAUUACGACGCCCGAAUGCGAGCUAAAGCUGAGAAGAAGCGCGAGCGCGAAAAGAAAGAGGAGGAAGAACGCAAAGAUGAAGAAUGGCGCGAGCGAGAUCUUGAAGGAUGGAUCAAAGACCGACGAGAGCAGCGCGCUCAAAUCAUGGCAAGAAUGAAGGAAAAGCAAAAGCUGAAAGAAGAUCUCAACAACCGGAAAUCUCUAGCCUCGCAGCUGCGAAUGAAGAGCAUUGCGAACCUGGCGUCAGAAGGCCCGAGCGGGGCAACUACACCCACCAACUCUGGCGGCGCACGCAAGCGCCGCAGGGAAGAUGGCGAAGACGACGGUUUUGGCGUCGACGACAACGACUGGGCGGUAUACCGAGACAUUGCCAACGCAUCCGAUACCGAGGAGGACGACGAGAUGGCGGAGAGCAUUCGGAAAAUCGAAGAGCAACUCAAUGCGUUUGAUCCCAAAUUCAGUCUAGACUCGUCGCUUGAGGCGCAGAGCAAUUGGAUGAACUCGCUUGUUCAUGCUUUUCUGCGGGGCAGUCGGCCGUUUGAUCCGGCUAGUAGGGCGGAGGCUCAUCAGAUCCAUCUCAACGUCGAGCGGAUACGAGUCCCCGAAGUUCUCUUCCAACCUUCGAUCGCAGGUAUCGAUCAAGCCGGACUAGUCGAACUUGCUUCUGAUAUCUUGCUGCGGAGACUUUCAAAGCAAGACUCUGUGAGUGCGUGCAAAGACGUGUUCCUCACCGGCGGAUUCAGUUUGUUAAGGGGGUUUGACGACCGCCUGCGACACGAGCUCCGCGCUACGCUGCCGGUGGACGUGGAGCUUGGAAUCCGAAGGGCUGAGGAUGCGGUUUUGGAUGCGUGGAAGGGAAUGCGGAAAUGGGUUAACGAGAAAGACAAUUUGAAGAAUAAUAUGCUGACGAGGGAAGAGUAUAUGGAGUAUGGCCCGGAGUAUAUCAAGGAACAUAAUAUGGGAAACAGGGCGCUUACUUGAGAUUAUGAUGGUCGACUAUACUACACAAUACAGCCUGACUCCCACUACAUACUAAGUUCACAUAACAGUUACUCGUAGUCAGCAGUAGAGCAGUGCGAUGAGAAUCUACACUCUAGCAA